AUGGCCACUCCAUCUUCACCUUCUGCUAACCCUAACCCCAGUCCCAGUCCACCACCGCUAUCCCAGUCACCACCACAAACACCACCACUACCUCAAUCGUCUCCACCAUCUUCACCACCACUACCCCAAAACCAAACACCAACCCACAUCCCGCCGACCCCCCCCCUCACACUACAAAAUGAAGCCCAAAAUGAAACAUCCAUUUUCGAAACCCAGAUUCAAGAACCGAUGCCUAAACCCGCCCCAACCCAGGCCAAAUCUAAAGCUAAAGCCAAAAUGACUGCUGGUAGACCCAAGAAAGCCCCUGUCGGAAAAAGAAAAGGAAACCCCUCUGUUUCUUUGGACUUUAACUCUUCACCUCAGGUUUCCUCUGAACCAGUCAGUAAAAGAACUAGGUCAUCAUCGUCAAUUUCAUCACCAGUGGCUCCAAUCCCUCAGCAUGCUGAUGCUAGUGGGUCUGCAGAACCAAGUGCUUUUGCACCAGCAGAACCUCAAGCAGCCACUGCCCAACAGUUUUCAGCAAAUAUUUUGUCCAUCCUAAGAUCCUUGGAAUCUAAAGUAGCCAGCUUCACUGCCCAACCAUUUGCUCCCUCACCUGACACCACAGAUAUCCUUGCAACCUUAAAGAGCUUAGAAGUUAAAAUUGAUACCAUGGCUUCAGAUCACAAUGAAACUACUGCAGAACCUGGAGCAGACCCUGAUGCAGCAAUAAAGCCUUAA